CUUUUUCCUCUGGAGACAUAUAAUUAUAGGAAAAAGUGAAAUCAGUUGCUCUAUUGCUACUACACAUCUACAAGAAGUCUUGAUAUCAGCUAGAAGAUUGUGGAAAGAACAGUGAAUGAUGAAAGGCUGUAUUUGUGUGUGAAUAAGUGAAAACGCGUCACUAGCUUACCGGACGAAUGGAGAUUCAGCUUGUGCUAGAAAAAUAUUAAAAAAAAAAAACGUCAUACCAUACGACGCAUGAACUUCCUAAAGAUAGCUUAAUUCAAAUACUAAUUUCUUGGUGUCCAGCAGCAGGUGGGCGUUAGGUGCAUGCAUUGCAUUUAAGCAGAUUUGAAACGCUGGUAAAAUGGUUUUCUGGUGUGAUUGCUUCAAUGGUGGCUACCAACCGAUUGAUGCGGCGAGACAAGGCCCACGUUUUGGUGUACGUCAUCUUCAAUGCUUCCUUGCCUUUUGCGGUCUGGCCGUGGCUUAUGCUCUGCGUGUAAACCUUUCGGUGGCUAUUGUGGCCAUGACAGAUCGGAAUUCUACAAACCCUGCCUUUGAGGAAUUCGAUUGGGAUGAAAGCAUUAAAUCGUAUCUGCUCAGCAGCUUCUUUUGGGGCUAUGUAGUGACACAAGUACCCGGCGGCUACCUCGCUCAUCACUAUGGUGCAAAAUAUACGUUCCUCUUUGGUGUCCUAAUUUGCUCAUGUCUCGCUAUUUUAACACCAUUUUGUGCCCACGUAGGCGACUGGCCUUUGGUGUUAACACUGCGCGCCGCUCAGGGUUUAUCGCAGGGUAUGAUCUUCCCAUCGACUCACACAUUCCUCUCGAAAUGGGCACCAGCUGAGGAGCGCGGUCGCCUCGUCAGCUAUUGCUAUUCAGGCUCACAAUUCGGUACGGUGGUAAUGCUUUUCGUCAGUGGUUACAUAGCCUCUUCUUGGCUUGGUUGGCCCAGCAUAUUUUAUUUGUCCGGUACCGUUGGCAUUUUAUGGUCAUUCGUUUGGUACUACUGCAGCUCGAGUACACCAGCUGAACACCCAUCGAUUAGCGUAGCAGAGCUGCGUUAUAUUGAAUCGUCUGGACAAGUACGUAGACCUUCGGAUGCUGGCCGCACUACCGGUGGCGCACAAACGCAAGCACACAAAGUGCCCUGGGCGGCUAUGUUCACUUCACCACCAUUCCUCACAUUGAUUUUAGUGCAUUCAUCAAAUAAUUGGGGUUUCUGGACUUUACUCACCGAAAUACCGACUUAUAUGAAGAAUAUACUUGGUGUGGAUAUACGUAGCAAUGGACCGCUAUCGGCGCUACCAUACUUUGCAAUGUGCCUAUUGUCGUAUGGUUUUAUCUUCUUGGCAGAUAUACUAAAUGCGCACUUUACAAUGCCUCUAUGGGUAUCACGUAAACUCUUCAACACCAUCGGCCAGUGGGUGCCAAUGGCAGCGUUGAUGGGCUUGGGAUACAUCAAUGCGGGUGGUAGCUUCAAAUUGGCUGUAACACUGCUAACCAUUGCAGUCGGUGCGAAUGCGGCCGCCUAUUUGGGUUCGCAGGUAAAUCACAUAGACCUGGCGCCAAAUUUUGCCGGCACAAUGAUGGGCAUUACGAAUUGUGUGGCGAAUGUGAUGAGCAUAAUAGCACCGCUCACAGUUGGAUUGAUUGUUACGGAUGAGAAAAAUCCCGCACAAUGGCGUAUUGUGUUCUAUGUGAGUGCAUUCUUCUACUUUGCUGGCAAUCUGCUCUUCCUUAUCUUUGGACGUACGAGCCCACAGAAGUGGAAUUUUCCAGAAACACGCACAAAUAACGUUGAAGGCGGAGAUAAUAGAACCGACGAUACACAAGAUCUAAGCGACGACGAAAAUGCGCCGCUAAAUCGUAACGCUGCACCAUAAGGCUAUAAAUUCAAGGGUAUUAUUUUAUUUUUGUGAUUUGCAAAAAUAUGUUUCUGGCUAUGGAUGUUUUCAGAAUGUUGUGAUACAAGUUGGUUUUUCUUUUAAUUAUUGUGGGUAAAUUACUACUUCAAAAUCUAUAUUGUAUAUGUAAACACAUUCGUGACAGUUUGUAAACUGCUAACUGCGACAAACAUGACAACGUUUCCACGACAUUCGGUUCUACGUUACCGAAACGAUUGGGAUUUAUGUCCGGCCAAGAACUG